UUACCUUCUCCUCGCUCCACUCAAUUUCUCUCCUCUCAUUUCUUCCUUCUUCUUACAAUCAAAGAACAAAGAUAAGGUUACACCAAAACUCUGUCCGAACAGAAAGAAGAAAAACUUGUCUUCUCUUUCAAACAAGAUCAAGAACAAUGGCUUGCUCUAACCUAACAACAAUGUGGGUUUCACCAAAACCAUCUCUUUCUGAUUCCUCUUCCUUGUCCUUCCGAUCCGUUCUCAACCCACUUCCUCUCCCAAACCACAACACCUCUCCGUCAAGAUCCUCCUCCGUUUCACCAAUCCAAUCCUCCCUUCGUGAGCUCAGAGACCGAAUCGAUUCAGUCAAAAACACACAGAAGAUCACCGAAGCCAUGAAGCUUGUCGCUGCAGCCAAAGUCAGGAGAGCUCAAGAAGCCGUCGUCAACGGACGACCAUUCUCAGAAACCCUAGUCGAAGUUCUUUACAACAUCAACGAACAGCUUCAAACCGAUGACAUCGACGUUCCCUUAACCAAGAUCAGACCGGUUAAGAAAGUUGCACUCGUUGUCGUGACCGGCGAUCGUGGAUUAUGCGGUGGGUUCAAUAACUUCAUCAUCAAGAAAGCAGAGGCAAGGAUCAAGGAGCUUCAAGGGUUAGGUCUUGACUACACAGUCAUUAGCGUGGGGAAGAAGGGAAACUCUUACUUCCUCCGUCGUCCUUACAUCCCUGUCGACAAGUACCUUGAAGCCGGGACCUUACCGACCGCGAAAGAAGCUCAAGCUGUUGCUGAUGAUGUCUUCUCUCUGUUUAUAAGCGAAGAAGUAGACAAAGUGGAACUCUUGUACACAAAGUUUGUGUCUUUGGUCAAAUCAGAACCCGUGAUCCACACGCUACUGCCUUUAUCUCCUAAAGGAGAGAUCUGUGACAUCAAUGGGAACUGUGUGGACGCUGCAGAAGACGAGCUCUUCAGGCUGACAACUAAAGAAGGGAAGCUUACGGUCGAAAGGGAGACAUUUAGGACACCAACUGCUGAUUUCUCGCCGAUCUUGCAGUUUGAGCAAGACCCUGUUCAGAUUCUUGAUGCUUUGUUGCCUCUGUAUCUUAACAGUCAGAUUCUUAGGGCUUUACAGGAGUCUUUGGCGAGUGAGCUUGCAGCUAGAAUGAGUGCAAUGAGUAGUGCUUCUGAUAAUGCAUCGGAUCUUAAGAAAUCGCUUUCGAUGGUGUAUAAUAGAAAGCGUCAAGCUAAGAUUACUGGAGAGAUUCUUGAGAUUGUUGCUGGAGCUAAUGCACAGGUUUGAUUUGUUUUGAACAUCCUCUUUGAUAUGUGAACAGACUCCUUUUUUAUUUUAUUUUUUAUUUUUGGUAAAAACUCCUUUUUUAUUUUGUUAUCGUUGGUAUAAUGUAUAAUUUGUCUAGAACUCGUUCUGAUCUUUUUCAUAAUCAUGCAAUUACAAACAUAAUGGGUUGUAUUUAUUUUGGCCUUUCAUUGGAUAGAUGAUUAAAAUAAAAAGUUGUGGAU